GUGAUCCUGGGGGUGAAAAGAGGGACUAUGAGUCGGGAGAGAGAAAAACCGUGGUGAAAAGUUAUAAAAUCAGGAAGAGAGUGGUCUUUUUUCCUUAUUCUUGUUCAUGUUAACAGAACACUGGUUACCUGUCUUUUCCUAAUUAAGGAGGGCCUUCUGAGAGAGUCUCUGCCAAUCACCAUGGGGAAUGAGAACAGCACCUCUGAUAACCAGUCAGAGGAUGCUGGAUCAAAUAACAUCAUCCUGCUGCCACCAAACCUGGGUGUACCACAGGGGGUGUCGCCAACUCCUGCACCAGAAGCAGCCCAGCCUGUUGAAAAUAGUUAUGACAUAAAGCAGAAACAGGCAAAGAAAACUGGAAACACUGUUAGCAGUACCUCCCCUGGGGUCUGGCCAACUAUAGCCGUGCCCCAUGCUGAAGAUACGCCUGCGUCACUGAGCAGUAUCACCAGCAUCAAUCAUGGAGUCACCAGUGACUACACAGUGGAGGGUGCAACCAACCCCAGUUCAUGUGCUGUGUCUUUGGAGGUGACUGGAUCAAGAAAUCUCCUACAGAAGGAGCAGAAGACAACAGCAUCUGACUCCUCCCCCGACUCAGUUGAAGGAACACAGGAGAGCAGUAUCUCUGUCUCCAUGCCUUUGGCAGAACACAUCCAGGAUGUUACCCAAACAAAUCAGGCCUUGGGAAGUGAAGAUGGACUUCAUGGUAACCUAGGGGAGCCCGUGCCAGGCACUCCAAAGGAAGACCAAGUGAGACUCACCCCAGUGGUAGAUGGCAGUGUGGAGACCAGCCCGGUCACUACUAACAUUCAUGUCGAUGACGGAAAGAAUUCACCAAGAGAAGGGGGCAGGGACUCUUCUUCCGAUCAUGUUACCUUGUUACAAGGGGACCCAAGGACACAGUCAAGGACAUUGGAGCCAUUAAAACCCAUGGCACAGCUGUCUGGGAAGGGCGAUCCACAUGGCAGCUUCACUCCCCAUGGGAAAGAAACCGGAGAUUGUGUUACCACUCAAGAGGCCCGGCAGAAUCCAGGGCCUCUGCAAACAAAUCACAAGGCUCCAGCUGUAACCCAGAGAGGUGAAGAGAAAACAGAUGGGGUAGCUGGUCUGCUGUUGAAACCAGAGAUCCUGUUACUGAAUGACACUGCCUCAAGCACAUCAAGUGGAGAGGAAGACAAAGUGCUUGUGAAACCUCAGAAUUUGACUGAUGACUCCCAAGUCUUCAAUGCCCACUGCCAAGAUUUGAAGGAUGUAGGAGCUGCCCAAGAAACUAAGGCAAAUGGGACUCCAUUGGAAUAUGAUCAGGAGCCAAUAGCAACUAAUCUUCCCCUACCAAAUUUACCCCAGAAUCCUGUCCUGGAUCAAAAGACCAAAGGUCCUUUAAGGGAAUCUGUCACCAUAACUGAUGUUCAAACCUCCCUUCAGAGUGGGACACAAGAAACUUUAUCUGAUCAACUAGACCCCAGUGGUGAAGGAGAUGGGAGUAAGCCUAAACUUUUCCAAAGAGAGGAAGUAUAUCUGAUUUCCACUACGGGUUCAGAGAGUAUUCCAAAUCCAGCUGCUACUAUUGCUGACAUGAGAUCCAAUUGUUUCCCCACAGACACUUCUGUUGUCUCAGCUACUGAGCCUCUUCCAGAGUAUCCCGUAACAGAUGUAGAAAGAGUACCAGGGAAUUUAGAUUUAGGUGGUGAGAGCAAACAUUCUGAGAUGAGCCCUUUAUUGAAGGAUGAAAAAGAGGCUCCCUUGAAUGAAGUAAAAACCGAGAGAACACAAGAAGUGGUCCCCAUUGUGUCUCACAGUGGGUUGGAUAAAGUCGUGGGGGGAAAGCUGGAGUUGAAUGAUGAAAGCCAGGAACUUGUUGAUGAUGAAAAUCAAAAUGGAACUAAAGAAGAAAAUCAAAGAAAUAACUCUCAAGAAAAAGAUGUUGCCACACGGGAUACAGAAUCCGAAAGACCUGUGUGUUCAAAGGAGACCUCACUUGAUUCCAGAGGCAGAUCCAGUCAGCUAGUGAGUGAAGCAAAUCCCACAAAUCUGGAACCCAACUUGCUUCACCAUCCAGAUUCAGCACAGUUGCCCAAGGACAUAGGUCUCAUGGAGCUGGAGCAGUCUGACAGUCAGGCAGAGAACUCAGCAUCGUGUUCCUUGGCCUACAACAUGACUGAUGGAAACCGUGCUGUUGGUACAUGUGAUCUACUGCCUGUGCACUGUGGGAACAGUAAUGUUCAACCUGUUGAGCAGGAUACAGAUUGUGGACAGGCUACUUCUAUGGAAAAUAUUCCAGAGGUUACAGGACUAAAACUGGAGCUUCCAGAUACUCUUCAAGGUCCCAAAGGAGGGGAAAGAAUGGAAUCUGUUCCUGUUGCAGAGCCUGAGAAAUCUGGUAUGAGUGUGCCUCCAGGAAGUGAUGCCAAUCCUGAAAUCCAGGACACUGAAAUUAAAGAACAAUAUAACCACUCAACUAAGAUGCCUUGUAGCAGAGAUGCUGAGGACCUGCUGGUACCUACGGUUCGACCUUCAAGUGCUCCUGCAAAUGAUAAAGUUGGACAGGAAUUCAGUCCUGAUGUGAAAAACCAUGCCGAUAAUGAGACUGUGACUAUAAUGGGUGGAAUAGAGCCUCAGGGGCCAGUGCAGAGUCAGCAGGGAAAUGCAUCGUCUGCAGGUAACAACAGGACAGGGAUCACUCAGCCAGAAAAUCCUGAACCAUCAGCAGGGACUCAUUUCCAACAGUCUCAUUUGUGUUCAGAAUUUUCUGUCUCAACAAACUUCAAUGAUAACACCUCUCCCUUUGAGUGUAGGAAAGAGAUUCCUCCAGGUGAUCUUGAAGGGAUGAAGAACAGGACUGAAGACCUCUCAAAAACCUCACCACCCUCAGAACUCGAGCAAAACUUGAGCUGUCCUCCUCCCGGUAGUAGACAGGAGCCAAGUCCGAUAUCAGAAAUCCAAAAUAUGCAGCAUGAAAAAAGUCUGAAUGGUAUCCAAAGUUCAGGUACACGUGAUUCUGAGGAAAAACUUUUGGCUAGUCCUUCAACUGAGGAGUUGGAUUCAUCAGCGCUAACAAGAGAAAAGUUGCCUCUAGUGAUGGACCAAGAGAAACAGUGCAUUGAUGACAAGUCCUUCAGUAUUUCUUCUCCUGUUGUGGUCAAUUUAAAAGACUCUUCUCUUCAAGAUAACUCAAAUGUCAAAACAGAAGAAAGUUGUUGCACUGGGCAGAUGCCUGACAAGCCCCAGCAGGAGAAGGAGGAUCCUUUGAUCUCAGCCAGUGAGCAUGAAGAAACACGCCAAGAAAAUGGGGUUUCUAAGGCAGCUGACAGGCAUGCACAGCUCAGCAGCUUAGGUAAUGGAGAAAACACAAAGGAAAAUGAGGUAGGGGCUCUGCCUUGUCAUCUUGGUACACAACCAUCCAUUAAUGCUGCUGCUGACAUCCAGCCUGCUCCAUCAACUGGCAGACUCAACAUUAUACCUCCUGAUGCCCCAGAGAAGGUGCUUGAUGAAACUUCAAAUAGAAGUCAGCUUCUGUUGGACACACACGAGAAAACUGAGCUUCCAGCCCCAUCAGACCAGGAGACUCAAAGGCAUCUGUCACUCAGUAGCAAAAUCAGCUCCCAGGAGGACUAUGUCAAACCAAAUUUUGAAAGUAUAUCUGCUGAGAGAGGAAAGAAUGUUGACCAAGGAAUCCUGGCUACAUGUCUGGCAUCACACGAGCUCAGAGAAACUGUUCCAAACAAGGAUUUCCUUCAGACCGAAUGCAGUCCUAAGGUGGAUGCUGAGCCAGCUCCCAAAAGCAGUGAGAAUGAAACCACCUUUGUCUCAGGUAGUCCCUGCCAAAGUGGGCAGAAAUCUGGCAGCUACAGGAAUGACUCAUGGCUCAAAAGUGAAAUGGGUGGAAUUGUCGGCAAUGUCUUGAGUGCUUCAGCAUGUCAGACAGUCUCUGACAGGGAGCAUCCAGAGUUACUGACUAUUGGGAUAUCCAGGCAGACAUUAGAGAAAACUCCUGAGAAUCUUAACCUCAAUAUAGACAGUACUGUUGGAAGAAAAUCAGAAGAAAUCAAGACAAAAACUGGUUCCACCGAAGAGCCAAGUGUUUCUGGUAAGAAUUGCUAUAUUGAAGGCGAGUCUGUGUUCACCGGUGAGGACUCUUCAAAUUCGCAUACGGAUUACCUCUCACCCACGUUGAAGCCUGCCCAGGCAAGGGAGGAAAUAUCUGCAUUUAAAUCCAAAGAGAUCCAAAACGAGAGAAACCUCGAGUCCCAGCCAAGGAGUUCUGGGGAAAGUAUUCAGAAAAUGGCAGAUAUCCCAACAGAGGAGGCAGAGGAAAGUAAGGAGAAGGCAGGAGAUGCCUCCAAGGUGCACAGGGACACAUCCGACCGUGAGAACUGGGGUUUGGGACAACCUGACAUGAUGGCUGGAUUUCCUGAUUUCAAGGCACAUAUCAGCAAAAUAUUUGAGAAUUCUGUCCUGGGUGCUUUGACCACUGACCGUCCACAGUCCACAAUGCAAGAAAAUGCUGGGGUUAAAUGGAGUGCAAUGGGAAAGGACUCUUUGGUCCAGCCAAGUACAGAGAAGCAUUCACUUCAUGGUCAAGGAGGAGACUACAUCAUGAUUUCCACUAAUCGUACUGGGCAAGGGAUAGACACAAAAGGUAAGGAGCAGGAUUUGACUUUAGAGACUGGCUCCUGCCAAACAAACCCAAACAAGUUAACUUGUGAAGAAGGCACAGUCACAGAAAAGUCGCCAGGCUUAACUGCUCCCACCAUGAAACAGAAACUGUUAGAUACCAAUUUGGAAAAGAAUGGAAUUGCAUCUGGUGUCUCUCAAAAAGAAAACAACACCGAAAACUCUGAAACAGCUGGUGAGAAAUAUACAGGGAUUACAUUCGAGCAUCAAAAGCUUCAGGGAGGAGGAAAGCAGGGAUUGGUUUCAAGUCUCCCUUUAGACGUUGCUGUACAGAAGAUACCUUUGGAAAAUGCCAACCUCUCUAAGGGUGAGGAAUAUUAUGUCAUCUCCCAGGUCCAUGCAGAGAUGCCUUUACCUCAAGAAGGCCUGCCUCCUCCAGGAAGCCAGCAGAAAGAAAUACCCCCCAGCAAAAAGGUGCCCAAAGAUGAUGAGAUCUAUGCUUCGACUAGCACUGAAGAAAUGGACAACAUCCUAGGACUUGGGCAUACCCAGGAAAUUUCCUCUUCAUCUGGGAGCAUUCCAGUCCCUCCAGCUGUAAGCAAUAAGCAUAUCAGUGCUAGCGUGCCAAAGAAUGAAAAGAGUCUCCAAGGUGGUGACAGUGCUCAUGAUGACUUAAGGACUUUGGAGAGCCCAAGAACAGAAAAUGAUCUGGAUUUACCAAACCCCAGUGGGCUUUUGACACACUCUAUGGUUGAUUGCUUCAAAAAGGAGUUAGGUUUGCAGAGCUUCCAGUUAGAUGUCUUACAAGAUCCUGGCCCAGUGAUAGAAAAAGCCCCUAAAGCAAGUGAAAAUUCUUUUACUAAAACAGAAUCAGAAGCUCCUACCUCUGAGGAUCAACCCUUAAAAGGCAGUCCUGAAACAGGUCCUGAGAGAGUGUUAUUUAGUCCAACUUGUGACUCAGCUCUGCAAGUGGAGCACCCCAGUCAAGGCCCAGAGUCCCAGUGUGGCUCUUUGAAGGCACUUCUGGGGAUGGAGGAGAAGGACGCUUUCCCAUGUUUGGAGAACCAGGCUGGGGACCAACAGACUGAGCAACAUUCUGAGCCUGAAUUCACACCACCUGAAAACGAUGACAAGAUACCUGUUUGCUCACCUCCUGGGCCAGAUAAAGGACAAGUCCAGAUGCCCCAAGACGUUUCAGAAGUGGGACUCACAGAAAGAAAGAGCCCUGAGCCUGGUGAGUCUCUUCUCCCUCUGGUACCUGAGAAGGAUGCUCUAAAUGUUACAGCUGCUUCAGCUCAGUCCAACAAGGAUGACAGAGUAGAAAGUUCUCCUGUGUCAGGUGAUGCUAUCCAUUCGACAGCAUCUGUUCAUCCUUCAGGACAGUCCGUAGCUGUUAAUCCUCCCAGUCACGAUGUUACAGUCCUGGACACUGCUGAACUGACUGCUUCCAGGACCUCCAGGGUAAUAGCAACCUGUGAGAACAUUGUUCCCACAUCCUCUGAGGACUUACAUUUGGCUCUCACCCCAGCCAAUGAUGCACAAGUGCCAGCUUCUCAAAGCCACGAUCCGAAGAAGGACUUAAAAAGGAGUUCUGACUCUGAAGAAGCAUUUGAGACUCCGGAAUCAACAACUCCUGUCAAAGCCCCGCCAGCCCCACCACCUCCACCUCCAGAAAUCAUCACAGAACAAGAAAUCAGACCACAGCCACCCCCAGAAGACCCAGGGCUGUGUUCUGAGACAACAGUUUCCAUCACAGAUGUGCCACAUAGUGAAUCAGUGGAAGGAAGCCCUUUCCGUCCUCCAUCACAUUCUUUCUCCACCGUCUUUGAUGAAGACAAACCAAUAGCUAGCAGUGGGACAUACAAUUUGGACUUCGAUAAUAUCGAGGUGGUAGAGACUUUACAGACCUUGGAACCCAGCUCCUCGGAUGCCAAGAAUCGGGACUCCAAAGUGAAUGUCCGGAGAAAAUCGACAGACUCUGUCCCAGCCUCCAGAUCUACCUUAUCCCGAUCUCUCAGUUUGCAAGCUAGUGACUUUGAUGGUGCUGGUGGUGCCUCUCCAGAGAAUAAUGAGGCGGGGGCAGUAGCAGCUGAUGCGUACAGCACGGGUACAACCAGCGCUUCUAGUACCCUUAAGAGAACUAAAAAACCCAGGCCCCCUUCCUUAAAAAAGAAACCAACCACCAAAAAACCCACGGAAACACCACUGGUAAAAGAAACACAACAAGACCCAGUGGAAGAGAGUCCUGUUAUCAGCGAGGAAAACCCAGCAUCUGAAACAAAAACUGAAUUGGGUAAGAUAGAAGGUUCUGGGCCAGAGUUGUCAGAGGAGGGCCCACUGGAGACUACUGUUGGAUCCAAGGCUGCCUAUCCCCUGGACCCUGAUAGUGCCGAAGGGGAUAUUCCACCCAACACUGGCAGCGGCAAAGUGCAGAACUCACCCCCAAUUGGGAAGAAAACAUUGCCUCUGGCCACAGCCCCAGAGGCAGUGGAAGUGACCCCAUCUGACACUGGAGGGCAGGAGAACUCCCCAGCCAAAGGGCUCUCUGUAAGGCUGGAGUUUGACUAUUCUGAAGAUAAAGGAAGUUGGGACGACCAACUGGAAAACCCCCCUCCUCCCAAAAAGAUAGGUAAAAAGCCAGUUGCCAAGAUGCCACUGAGGAGGCCAAAGACUAAAAAGACGGUGGAAAAACUUGAUAAUGCUCCUGCCUCACCCACUAAGUCCCCUAUUGACCCCAAUGAAAUCCCUAUCUCCAAAGGCUCCUAUACCUUUGAUAUAGAUAAAUGGGAUGAUCCCAACUUUAACCCCUUUUCUUCCACUACGAAAAUCCAAGAAUCUCCCAAACUGCCCCAGCAGACAUACAAUUUUGAUACUGACCUCUGUGAUGACUCCAUUGACCCUUUUAAGACCUCUUCUAAGAUCUCUAGCUCACCUUCUAAGUCCCCAGCUUCCUUUGAGAUCCCAGCCAAUGCCGUGGAAACCAAUGGAGUGGAAGGAGACAAUUCGAACAAGCCUGCAAAGAAAAAGAAGACUCCGCUAAAGACGAUGGUAGAAGAUGUGAUGUCUGUAUGUUCUCUGUUUGAUACAUUUAGGGUGAAAAAGUCGCCAAAGCGGUCUCCUCUGUCUGAUCCACCUUCACAGGAUCCCACCCCACUGCCUACGCCAGAAACACCCCCAGUGAUCUCUGCUGUGGUCCAUGCAACAGAUGAGGAAAAACUAGCAGUGACCAAUCAGAAAUGGACUUGUAUGACUGUGGAGCUAGCUGCAGACAAGCAAGAUUACCCUCAGCCCUCUGACCUGUCAACUUUUGUAAAUGAGACCAAAUUCAAUUCUCCCACAGAGGGUAAGCAAAUUAAUGGCCAUUCGAACCCCAACCCCAACUUGGAAAAACUUGCUCCAAAAGAGCAAGAGGCAAUGAAGGACAAUACAGAAAAUCAGAAGCCAGAGCUGGAUUACAGAAACUCUUAUGAAAUAGAAUAUAUGGAGAAAAUUGGCUCCAACUUACCUCAUGAUGAUGACACCCCGAAGAAACAAUCUCUGUACCUUAUGUUCGAUGCCCCUCAGGAGAGUCCAGUCAAAUCUCCUCCAGUUCGGUUAUCUGAUUCCCCAACUCCAUGUUCAGGGUCAAGUUUUGAAGAAACAGAAGCUCUGGUGAAUGCUGGGAUUAAAAUCCAGCAUCCAGUCUCACGAGUCUUGGCACCAAACCAAGAGACACACUUGCAGGCUCCAGAGAAAUCAAACCAGAAAGAGUCCAUGGGCUUAGGAACAGCUUCAGAUGCUCUCGAAAGAACAGCACCUGAAGAUUCCUAUGUCUCUGCUGAAGCUCUCCUCAAUAGGAUAUCUCAUCAAACCUCAAUAUGUGAUGCGCUUGAAUAUCUAGAGCCUGAUUUAGCAGAAAAGAACCCCCCAAUAUUUGCUCAGAAACUUCAGGAGGAGUUAGAGUUUGCGAUCAUGAGGAUAGAAGCACUGAAGCUAGCCAGACAGAUUGCCCUGGCUUCUUUCGGUUCCUUAGAUACCAAGAGAGAUGCUGCACUCCCAGCAGAUGUUCCCAUCUCUAAAACUGCCUUGUACUCUCGCCUUGGGACCUCUGAGUCAGAAAAACCUUCAGCCCUUCUUUAUCAACAGUCGGAUUUAGAUGCUUCACUGCGAAUCGCUAGAGAAGAGAUUAUCACCAAGGAAAGAGAGGUCUCAGAAUGGAAAGACAAGUAUGAAGAAAGUAGACGGGAAGUGAUGGAAAUGAGGAAAAUAGUGGCAGAGUAUGAAAAGACCAUCGCUCAAAUGAUAGGCAAGCCUGAGGAUGAACAGAGAGAAAAGUCGGUCUCCCACCAUACUGUUCAGCAGCUGAUUGUGGAGAAGGAGCAAGCCCUGGCUGAUCUGAACUCGGUGGAAAAAUCUUUAGCUGAUCUUUUUAGGAGAUAUGAAAAAAUGAAAGAAGUCCUGGAGGGGUUCCGCAAGAAUGAAGAGGUGCUAAAGAAAUGUGCUCAGGAGUACCUGUCCCGUGUGAAAAAAGAGGAACAGAGGUACCAGGCACUCAAAGUACAUGCAGAGGAAAAACUGGACAGAGCCAAUGCGGAGAUCGCACAAGUCCGAGGAAAGGCUCAGCAGGAACAAGCAGCCUACCAGGCCAGUCUCCGAAAAGAGCAGCUGAAGGUAGAUGCUCUGGAAAGAACACUGGAACAAAAGAAUAAAGAAAUAGAAGAACUUACCAAGAUUUGUGAUGAACUGAUUGCCAAAAUGGGGAAAAGCUAACUUUGAACCAAAUUUUUGGACUACACUAUUGAGUGCAAUAUGACCAUUGGCACACUGAUGUCCAUACCUUUAUGUGGACAGGUUAUAUUUUCACUUUUUCGUAUGCACUACUGUAUUUUCUUUCUAAAUAAAGUUGAUUUAAUUGUAUGCAGUUCUCAGAAGACUAUCAGAAUUUCUUGCUAUUGUUUGCAUUUUCAUAGUAUAAUUCAUAGCAAGUUGAUCUCAGAGUUCCUGUAUCAGGGAGAUUGUCAAAUUCUCUAAUAAAUGAAAAAUUGCUGAUCCUAGCUUAUCCCUUUGUACAUGAGUUCCCAUGUUGGGUGUCUUUUGGAUUUAAUAUGAACACGUAUAACUUUGCAUGGGGACUCUUGCCUUAAGGAGUGUAAACUUGAUCCGCAUUUGCUGAUUUGUUUAAAAAAAGAAAAGAAAAAGAAAAAUGCAUGUUUCAAAUAAAAUUCUCUAUUGUAAAUAAAUUUUUUUCUUUGAAACUUCGAAA